GCUUACUCACAGUUUUCCCCUUGAAGGAGAAAUACCUGUGAAGUAAGAAGACCUAAAAACAAACCAAAUACUAUUAUGGGUAGCUUCAUGUUUUCCAUAAAAUAGGAAAGAGACAACAAAUGGUAUCUUUCAUUCCAUGAGCUCUAUGCUACUUGGUGGGGGAAGAUGAAUGGCAGAACAAAAAUGAGAAGGGGUGCACGGUUUUUUCGAGGUCAUUCUGAAGAACCUGGCAGCAGUGCAAGUUUUAAUGUUUUGCUUUCAGAGCAUGAAAACCCUGAUGGAAAUGGGUUAACUCGAUCAUGGAAGAUUAUCUUAAGUACAAUAUUUAUAUUUACUUUUCUUCUUGUGGGACUUCUAAACCAUCAGUGGCUUAAACAAACAGAGUUUCAUCAGAAAUCCAGUCAAUUAUAUGCCAUGAUUGCAGAAUAUGGUUCAAGACUUUAUAAUUACCAGAUCAGACUUCGUAUGCCUAAAGAGCAACUGGAACUCUUAAAGAAGGAAAGCCAGACUUUGGAAAACAAUUUUCGUGAAAUUCUAUUUUUAAUUGAACAAAUAGAUGUUCUGAAAGCAUUACUUAGAGAUAUGAAGGCCGGCACAUACAAUUACAGCUGGAACGUCCAAGGAGACACUGCCCAGGACCAAGACAGCUCAGAGAUGCUGGAUGAGGAAAUGUCAAACUUGGUACAUUAUGUACUCAAAAAGUUGAGAGGGGACAUGGUACAAAUGGCUGAUUAUGCCCUGAAGUCAGCUGGAGCCUCUAUCAUUGAAGCUGGGACCUCAGCAAGUUAUAAAAAUAAUAAAGCAAAACUGUACUGGCAUGGGAUAGGAUUCCUAAAUUAUGAAAUGCCUCCAGAUAUUAUUCUUCAGCCAGAUGUCCAUCCUGGAAAAUGCUGGGCCUUUCCAGGUUCCCAGGGUCAUAUUCUAAUCAAGCUUGCCAGGAAAAUCACACCAACAGCUGUUACCAUGGAGCACAUUUCAGAGAAAGUGUCACCCUCAGGAAACAUCUCCAGUGCACCCAAGGAAUUUUCUGUCUAUGGCAUCGCAAAAAAAUGUGAAGGAGAAGAAAUUUUCCUAGGUCAAUUUAUAUACAACAAGACAGAAAACACCGUUCAAACUUUUGAACUCCAGCAUGAAGUUUCUGAACCUUUAUUAUGUGUGAAUCUUAAAAUCCUUAGCAACUGGGGACACCCGAAGUAUACUUGUUUGUAUCGAUUCAGGGUUCAUGGUGUCCCCACUGAUCACACCUAGAGGAACUGGCACCGAAGGCCAAGACCACAUGUCCAGAAUAUUCUAGGAUUCUCAUUCCCUGAGAUUAGACUGCACCCUUAGAAGUCAAAAAUUGGGAGUGGGAAAGAAACCUCAAAGUAGUUCCUACUUGCCAGUGAAAAGUGAAUGAAUUUUACUAAUAAAAAAAUAAAAAAUUCAACAUCCAUGUA